ACAGACCGCCAAAGAGACAGCCGUCAGUGCCUCAGAGACUACAGAUGCAGGUCGAGAAGCAGGCCGCCCUCGCCAAAUAGUCUACAAAGAGGGUUGAACGGGGAAGGGGCGGAGGAUGACAGGAACACUAAUCCAAUUCCCUUUCGUUACCGCAUAGUAGCUUAUCUCCUCCCCCGGCUGUUUCUCUGGGUCAGUCAAAACAAUGAAUUGAUGGACUACAUUUACGAUAUCAAAUAGUCUCAAUUCACGGCGACGAUAUAAAUAAAUAAUUUAACAAUGCGGUGUUCCGCCCGGCUGUCAAAGGGACGACUGCGCAUCUUUGUGGCUGUAUGCCGGAAAAGGCUAUGUUGAUGUCCCGACUGGGAGACGUAGCCUAUUGCCCAACAUAUUUUAUCAUUUUGUAACCACUAUCAAAUAUCAUCGAUUCAUACAUGAUGACCAGUUGGCAGUGAAGUUAUCCUCCUUUCCUCUGACCACAGAUUCCUAUUCUUCAUCAUCUUCCUCCUCUCCUCAGAGUUACCAGCCACCCCUGGCUCCACGUCCCUACUUUUGGGGGCUUCACACUCGCUCUCAACCCAGUGAGGGCUCCCCCCUCUCCUGCUGCCCCUGCCAGCCCACCUCCUCCCCCAUCUCCCUCACAGACCCCCAGUCCUCCCUCUCCCCUGACUUCCCCCACCCCUCCCUCUUCUCCCAAACAGUCCUGCACCUCCCCAACACCUCCACAUCGCCCUCCAGUCAGACCCACCCUCCCCGCUCUAUCAUGGCCUCUCCCAAACUGGGCGUGUCAGCCACCACUACCACCUCCUCAUCCUCAUCCUCUUCCUCAGCCUCCCUCUGCCCCCCGCCCCACCCUGGUAGCCCCAGCCCUGUGCCCGAGGGCCCUCUCAGCCCUGUGACACCCUCCCCCAGCCCGGGUGCUGCCUCUGCAGUCCCGCCCCGUGCCCACCUGAGCAUUGCGGUGAUCCUGGAUGAGCUGCGAGUGCUGCAGCAGAGGCAGAUCCACCAGAUGCAGAUGACGGAGGAGAUCUGCAGGCAGGUGCUGCGGCUGGGCGGGGCCUCCUGUGGCCUGGAGGCGCCCCAGAUCCUCCUGCCUCCUUUUCCCCAGCUCUGUCUGGAGGGCAGUGAGAGGGCCUCCAGUCCUCCCCAGCCUACACCCAUCCAGCCUCCCAGCUCUGUAGCUCCUCUCCUGGCCUGCUUCUCCUCCCUGCUCCCUCCCCAGCCUGCCCCCAAGCCCUCCAAGCCCAGCCACCCCCUGUCCCAUGUCCUGCGGCCACACAAGACCCAGAUGGAGGGUGCAGGAGGGGCUACAGGGUCUUAUCUUUACCCUGGGACCAGUGUCCGCCCUUCCUCCUCGUCUUCUUCCUCUUCUGCCUCCUCAGCCAUCUCUACCAUGGCCUCGUCCAACUACCCCCUGGCUCUCUCCCUGGCCUUGCCUACCCGUUACCUCCAUGAGAAAUCCCCCAACACCACCUCAGCCAGCGGCCACGGUGGCAUGUCCUUCCUCACCCCGCCCCUGCCCACCACUGCCUCUAUGGCACCCCCCUCCUUUCAGGAGCCCCACCUGUCUGUCUCCUCAUCAGGGUCCUCGUCCUCCUCCCUGGGGCGCCUCCAGCAUGCCUGUCGGUUCUGUGGGAAGCUGUUCAGCAGUGACUCAUCCCUGCAAAUCCACCUGCGCUCCCACACGGGCGAGAGACCCUACCAGUGCCCUGUCUGCCUCAGCCGCUUCACCACCCGCGGCAACCUCAAGGUGCAUUUUCUCCGCCACCGCGAGCAGAACCCAGAGCUCUCCCUCUCCCUUCUCCCCCCUUCCCUGUUUGGGCCGGGCAUGGGACCAGCGGGGGGGUCUGAGCCCCAGGGUCAGCCCAUGAGCAGCAUUGGUCUGAGCAUCAGUGCAGCGCAGGCUCAGAGACGUCGUAAACGGCGGGCUGAGGAUGACCCAUAUGGAGACGGUAUGGAGGUGGGAGGUGCCGGAGGGGGCUUCUCUCUGGGGGCGUCCACCAGUGCUCCGCCCUCCUCUCUCCCCCUCCCCCCCAGUGUGGACCUGGCCCUCAUCUCCACCGCCCACUCCCUCCUGCGGCUCAACCAAGCUGCUGCUGCAGCCGCUGCUGCAUCCAUAUCCUCAGCUGCUUCCUCACUCACAUCCUCCUCUUCCUCCUCUGCGUCCUCCUCCCUCCUCUCUGUCCCCUCCUCGUCCACCUCCGCCAUCGCUGGGUUCUUCAAGGGAGCAAAGCAGCAACGCUUUGAUGAGAACACGCCCCCUCACCCUCCCAUGAUGUCGCACUCUGCUUACUCUCAGUUGGCCCACCUCCCUAAACUCCUCUUCCCCUCUGGCUCCCCCCACCAACACCCUGCCCUGGGCCUGCUCCGCCCUCCACCCCCUGCCCAAGGCUCCUCCCACCUCUCCUCCACCCACUCUCAGCUCUCCUUCCCCUUCUCCCACUACCCCAAAGCUCACGCCUCCACCUCCUUCCCCUCCGCCUCUAUCCCCACCUCAGACACCUCCAAGCUGCAGCGGCUGGUGGAGAAGCUGGAGAAGGAGCCUCCCACCUCCUCUCCCUGGGCCUCCUCCUCAGGGGAGACCUCCCACAGCAGCAUGGCCUCUACUGGGUUGUUCAGCAGCGGCCUCAUGGGCGCCAGCACCUCCAGCACUUAUGUGAUGGCAACCCCACCGUCCUCCACCCAUGCCCCCACCUCCGUCUCCAACUUCACCAGGGAGAUGGUGGCCGCUCUGGGCAUGAGUGCAAACGGGGGCAGCGCUCUGGCAGGCGCCAUGCUCCCCGGCCUUGGCAUCAUGAGCACUGGCUCCCUGGCCCCCAACCAGUGUGGGGUGUGUCUGCGUGUGCUGAGCUGCCCCAGGGCACUGCGUCUGCACCAGGCCACCCACCUGGGCGAGCGCCCCUUCCCCUGUAAACUGUGUGGACGCUCCUUCUCCACCAAGGGCAGCCUGCGGUCCCACCUGGCAACACACCGUGCCCGCCCGCCGAACUCUCGUGCCCAGAACUCUUGCCCGCUGUGCCAGCGCAAGUUCACAAAUGCCCUGGUGCUGCAGCACCACAUCCGCAUGCACCUGGGAGGGCAGCUGCCACCGGAAGGCGGUGCAGAGUCUCUGUCAGAGGCCUCAGCAGAACCUGACACUAUCUCUGAGCUCCAGACCCAUUCCCAGGCACUGUCUCAGUCCCAGGCACAGUCCAAUGACACCCCCAAGGUCUCCACUGAGAGCUCCACUGCAGCCUCAGGCAGCCAGUCAGCAUCCACACACUUUCAAACCCUAGUGGGAGGCUCUGCCCCCGUAUCGGUCAGUGUGACAUCACCAAAGUGUGUCUGGGAGCCUAACAGAUCUCACUCCUCCAGCCCUGACRUGAUCCCUCCCUCUGACCUCACCCCUGACUCCUUCCUAAACUCCACCUCACACACCCCUCCGCCCGGCAGCGUAGACCCCCCAGUCCUGUUUGACAGUGUGCCUUCCCCACCCCCUCCUCUAGGAGAUACAGGCUCCCCAGUCAAUGAUGACAACCAUGCUGAACUCCUUGAUUCAACCAUUGGUACCAUUGACCCUGCUCCCACUUCCUCCAGUGUUACCAAAACCACCCCAUUGUCCAGUCUAAUGAUGUCAGACUGUCUUUUGGGUCAGAAUGCCCUUCCUCUCAAUGUCUUCCUCCCCGGCCCUAGAUCAAACCUGGAGGAUCUACUGAGCACACCAACCCUCUGUGCCCCGGUAGCACACCCCAGCCCAUCCCCCUCCUUUACCCCUGUCCUUAGCCCAGAGCACCCCAAAACCCACCCAGCACCCAAACCAGACUUAGAGCACCCCCCUAAACUCCAAACCCCCAAGCCCACAGAGGAAUACAGGGUUGAAACCCCCCCACCUGCAGCACCAAAGCAUGACCAAGCUCUUGUAUCUGAUACGGACCCGAGAAUGGCACCACAAUCAGAGAGCGCAGACACAAGCGAUGCUGAGGCUAGGGAAGUUCCUCCGAAAGCUGUACCCUACACCAGGGAGACGAGUCAGGGGGCGUACCUCGGCUCCCAUGGGAAGGAGGAUGGGAUGGGCGGUGUCAGUGACCAACUGGAAAGCACUUUUCCCAUCAGUUUGGCUCCCACUCUCCCCCCUCCCCUGUCUCGCCCUGAGAAGAAGACCUACAGCUGUGCCGAGUGUGGGAAAGAGUAUGCCAGCCGCAGUGGACUGAAGGGACACAUGAAGCAUCAUGGAGGGGUUGUCAAGGCACCACGUCCCCCUGUACGGAGUGGUCGCUCGGCCUCUGAGCGACUUCCUGCUAACACACUGACAACGUCCUCCAACCCCCCGGCCACCAGGAGCAAUGUGGGCUUCUGGAACCAGUACCAAGCCUUCCUCAACACCAGCAACGACUCGGCAGACGACCCGGCACAAGGCCCGGCCAGUGGUAGCCAAGGAGAGGAUGGGGAGAUGCCCCGAUUGGCUAAAUCUCCCGUAAGAUCCCAGCUGUCGAAAGAACCAACCACUGGAAGGGGUUCAGAAGAUGGGUCUGAUGAAGGGUCUACUCUAGAGUCAAUGUAAUUGGUGCUAUCAAUGGACAUUCACUGUACCUUUGAGUCAAAUCGUAGGGACUUUUGUAUUGUAUUGCUUCCAAAUUCAGUUGAGUAGUCUGUCGGUUUGUUGUCUGUGAGUAAAUUGCUUAGUUAAUUUGUGAUAACUGUAAGUUGGCCAUCCUGGCCUUUUCUUUUAAAAGAGGAGAAAGUUGAAGGAUGCAAAAAACACGACAUAACUACAGGAUUGGAAGAUUGAGGAGGUCAGAAGUCACUGUCAAGACGAUGAGAGUUGGAGCUGGGCUCUAGAAUGAGAGCUCUGUUAGGCAAAGAGCUCUACUCUAGAUUUAGGGCUCAUUUUCCUGAACAGUCUGACUCACUGUUUAUGUGAUAGAUAUCAACUCAGAUAAAGACAUGUAUUGGAAAAGGGGGCCAGGUAGAGAGGAUGUGAUAUUGUUCUCACAUAAACAAUUCCUUAAUUCAAACAUAAAAGGGAAAAGGAGGUGGAACAGAAUGGUAAGGGUCACUAAACUAAAAUUGACAUGGUAGAUUCAACCCUGGCAGUCUAUGGAGAUGCAGUCUCUCAUCCUACUACUGUAUAAAACCUCAUCUUUCAUGUCAUCGUGGUUUACUUUUGAACUCGUGAAUACUCCAGACUCUUCCUCCAGCUGAUUUACAGAGAAGCACAGAGGAGUGGGUGUUGUGGUGUGCCAGGUGGAGAAAGAAAUGAACAGACAGUUUCCUGUGUGACCCAUUUUCCUUUGGAUCUUGUGAAUAAGCUGAUUGAAUAAGCUGAUUUGGUCUCACAGUGAUGUCCAUUUUCUGUAACUCGUUGUCUUUGGUUCAUGUUGUAUCUUUAUAACAAAACAAAAAAAAUCAGAGGUCUAUGUCUGAUAUUGUUGUGAGUUGUACUUUCAGUGUAUUCCUGUGAAAUAAGCGGGAUAAAAAAAGACAAAAAAGCUGGGAAACAUUUUUAUUUUUUGUUGUUGUUGUUGACUGUGGGUGUUUUCUUUGUUUGGACGUCUAUCGUGCCUGUUCUACAUUCUCCUGUAGAGCUGUUUUGAUAUUUGUUUAUUUGUCACACACUGCUGUUUGUGACACUGAAACAAUGGCACAUGCACAAACAUGCCAGAUGCACACAGCUGUUUUGUGCAUAUCGUAAGUGUGCAUUUGGCAAUUUUUUUGUGUCUAUGUGCGUGUGUUGGCACAGCAGUGUGUAGCCUCUAACUGCCUUGGCCUUACCAGGUUUCCUCACACACAGGCGUCAUUAAUCCCUGCUCUCUUUCAACACAAUUAAACUCCUCUACCUUC